AUGUACUCGUUACGGAAACUAUUUGGCAUAUGCCAACAUCUGCCUCGACCGUAUCAGGGCCACAAGCGACAACAUUCAAGCCCCAACUACUACGAGGAGAGAAAGGCACAAGGCUUGUCGACAAGUAUGCUCCUUUAUCAGGAUGCGAAGAACGGUGCUAAACCUCGAACAGCAGUCUGUGGUCGAGAGUGUCAGAAGAAGUGCGUUGUCCUUUGUCUGGUCAGCAUAGACGAUUUGAUUCUAACCACUUCCCAGAUACACAGUGCGGAGAAUGCUCCGGACGAAGAUUCAACCGACGAUGCAAGCGACGAGGACGAAACGGAUUUUGCUUAUGUUUUAGGCUCGAAAACACACAAGAGUGCAGCCACACACCCUCCAGCCGAGAUCGUUCAACGACUAUGGCAGGUCUACGUCGAGAAUGUCGAUCCCUUGACGAAAGUGGUCCACGUACCAAGCUUGCAGCGAGCGAUAGAGAAAGCAAUCACUGAUGUACACCGCAUCCCAAAGGGCUUUGAAGCGCUGAUGUUCGCAAUAUAUAGCAUGGCUAUCUUAUCGCUAACGGAUACCGAGUGUAAAGAAACACUCGGGGACAAUCGAGCGACACUCCUUCCGCAGUAUGUAGCUGCUACAAAGACGGCACUCUCACGCGCCAGAUUCAUGAGCAGCACCAGUGUCGUUGUUCUACAGGCACUUAUGCUUCAUAUUCUUUCUAUCCGAGACGACUAUGAGCCGCGUGCCGUAUGGAGCCUAACAGGAGCUGCCAUCCGGAUUGCAGAGGGCAUGGGUAUGCGCCACGAUGGCACAUUGCUAGGCUUGUCACCUUUUGAGACCGAGAUUUAUCGACGUAUUUGGUGGCAACUCAAAAUGCACGACUUUAAAGCAUCCGAGCUUGCCGGCCAGGCAAAAUUCCGUGACUUUGAGAUCGAUGCCUCUACACCUAAGAAGCCUGCCAAUGUCAACGAUAGCGAUCUAUAUCCUUCCAUGACGCAUGCCGCGCCUGAAUCAGAGCAACUUACAGAUAUGAUAUGGAUCACGUUCCGCUGCGAUCUUGCUAGUUUUGCCGCUUCUCAAAAAGUGAGUAUGCAGAAACAAGGCAAAGCUGUGUUCACGUCGGAGGAGUACGUCGCCAUGGACGACUUAACGAUAAAGGAUGGGUUCAUCAAGAAGAUGCAAGAUAUGAUUGAGACGAAGUACCUGCGUUAUUGUGAUCCAACUGACCCACUACAACUCUUGACUCUACUCUGUGGACGGGCCGCAGCAAAUCUUGUGCGAUUCAUGGCACAUCACCCACGCAGAUGGGCCAACAUGGACCAAGUUCCAGCCGCCGAACAAGAAUUCGUAUGGUCCAUCGUGAUCCAGCUCAUGGAACAAUUCAACAUGAUGCGAACCAGCCCCCAAAUCCGCCGGUUUGCCUGGAACGCACCCUACUUCAUCCAGUGGCACGCUGUCAUUCAUAUUCUCGACACCCUUCGGGCGCACCCACUCCGUCCAGAUGCCGCUAAGGCUUGGCAACUUAUCGGCUCGCUUUAUGAACACAAUGAAGCGAUGCUCUUGAGCCUCAAAAGACCAAUUCUCGUAGCGGUUGGGAACCUCUGUCUGAAAGCGUGGAGCGCCCGCGCAGCAGCUCUUGCAAGGGAAAACAGACCCCCUCCGAAGGAACCGGAUUAUAUCGCCAAGCUACGAGAGCAACGACAGGCUGCUAAAGUCCGGAGAGAAGCCGCGCUCGCGAAGAAGAGAGGAAUGGGCAAUAGCGGCUUGCUAGCGAACAACGUUAAGAUCACAGACCAAGGUCUUUAUCGCGCAUCAUCAGAUUCAGUGAGUGAAGAUAAGCGACAACAAUUCUCAGCAGCGGCACAAGCACCAAACUCGGGUCUGGAUGAUGCAUACUGGCUCAGCGACGGCAUGAAUAACGAUUUAUUCAACGGUGGGGCAUCUGAUCCAAUGAAUUUAGAUAGCGAUGCCAUUCUGGCGCAAGCUUCGUGGACUGAUACUCCGAACAGCGAGGUCAUUGAUUGGGGUCAGUGGGAUAGUUGGUUUGGCAGUCUUGACCCGCGCCCGAAUGCUGGCGUAGGGGUGAAUUGA